CCUCCGCCAUCUUGAGAUCAGCGCAUUGUUGAACUUGUCUGGUGAUUAUCAGCUCGUCUUUAUUCGAAAAUGAGUGACCAGCUUUGUAAACUUUUCGUCGGUGGACUCAACGUGGACACCGACGACGAUGGCCUGCGCAAGCAUUUUGAGCAGUACGGUACCCUCACCGACUGCGUUGUCGUCGUGAACAAGCAGCUGCAGCGGUCCCGCUGCUUCGGCUUUGUAACCUACUCCACACCAGAGGAGGCCGACGCUGCAAUGGCGGCUAGGCCGCACACCGUCGACGGCAACGCGGUCGAGGUAAAGCGAGCUGUGGCCAGAGAAGACGCCAACAAGCCCGAGGCCCUCGCUAAGGUGAAGAAAAUCUUCGUUGGCGGCCUGAAAGACGACAUUGAAGAAGAACAUCUGACCGAAUACUUCUCUCAAUACGGUCAAAUCGAGAAGGCCGAAGUCAUCUCGGAGAAGGAGACCGGAAAGAAACGGGGCUUCGGCUUUGUGUACUUCACCGACCACGACGCAGCCGAUAAGGCGGUUGUGGUCAAAUUCCACACCGUCAAUGGACACAAGGUUGAGGUAAAGAAAGCUCUGACCAAGCAAGAGAUGCAGGCAGCCAACAGAACCGGUAUGGCGCCGAGGGGAAGGCCUGGUAGAGGCAUGAGGGGAAAUCAAAAUGGCUACGGCAGGGAUUAUGGCGGAAACUACAACUACGGAAAUGGCGGAGGCUACAACUGUGGCGGAUACGGAGGGUACGGCGGACCCUAUGGGGGCUACAGUGACCAGGGAAGCGGCUAUGGCGGUGGAAACGGCUACAACGAGUUUGGAAGCGGCUAUGGCCAGCACUCUUCUGCAUAUGGCCCCAUGAAAGGGCCUUUCGGCGGCCAGAGGAGCGGUGCUCCGUACACCAGAGGCGGCGGUGGUGGCUACCCGAGGGGGGGCUACGGCGGCGGCUACUAGAUGAGACUGCAACGCUGAAAGCAACCAGCCCACCCCUUGCCACCAAUUACUCCCAGCCAGGAUUUGGACGCCAAAACUCAAAGUCAGUAACGGGGCGUCUGCCGUGCAAUCCUACCAUGGCAGAGAUACGGACAGAGACCCCCUUAUCAUAAUGAAGACCUCAAAAACCCAAACAGGUAGGAAGGUCACUUCCCAGAACACCUGAUAAUAACGAGCAACAGUUGUUGCCGUUCAACUAGGACACACAAACGAAGAAUAACACAGCGAUUUCUUUUUUAUGUAACCACGCCACUGGCGUGUAGUUGUCGUUUAGAGUUGAAUUAUUUUUUAUUUGCGUUCA